UUUACGUCAUUUGAAGCUAACUCAAACAGUAUUGAAAAUCCAAAAUUUGAAAUUUGAAUACUACAGGGUUUAGGGUUUCGAGUAUAAAAUUCCUUUCACAGUUGAUUUGAAAAGAGCUCCUCUGCCUUUCAGUUUUGGGACAAUCCCAGUAGACCUCAACUCAACUCAAGUGCUCAUAUAAUCGAAAGAAAUGAGCACUGUAGUUCAUAGAACUCCAAAAUCGGGGAGACAGUCAUUGUUUUACCAAGAUUUGGCGUCACCGAUCUCUGCCCGGAGAGGGAAAUUCUCUAGUCCUGGUCAAGCGGCUGCUGUCUCAGCUUUAUGGCAGGAGAAUUUUGGAGGUUCAGAUCUUCCACCUCCUCCUAUGUACACCUUGGAGGACCGUUCAGAUUUUUCUCCUGAAUCUGGUAUACUGGAUUAUCCUAUGUCUCCCGAAAUCAAGUCAGACCCAAAAAGCCCAGUUCAAAGUUCUGGACAUGACUUCUCAACUCCAGCAAAGAGCAAGUCAGGGGCUAGCACUUCAUUCGCUAUACUUAAUGGGCAGCAGAAUCAGCAGAGCCCAGCAAGUUUGAGUUGGUGGUCACCCGCAAAGAAUAGUAGUAAUGAGCAGGAUGACAAGGGAAAGGGUUCUCCUGUUGAGGGUGUCGUUCAACCUGGUGCUCUUAUCACACUUCCGCCUCCGAGGGAAGUUGCUAGGCCUGAGAUACAAAGAAAUUCUGUACCUGCAGGCAAUCUGGAUGAGGAAGAAUGGGUUACAGUUUAUGGAUUUUCUCCUGCUGAUACAAAUUUAGUUUUGCGAGAGUUUGAAAAGUGUGGUGUGAUAUUGAAGCAUGUUCCUGGUCCAAGGGAUGCUAACUGGAUGCACAUUCUUUAUCUGAACCGAUCUGAUGCUCAGAGAGCUCUCAGCAAGAAUGGAAUGCAAAUUAAUGGAGCACUAAUAAUCGGUGUGAAGCCAGUAGAUCCGAUGCAACGUGAGGCUCUAAAUGAAAGAAUUAAUAAUCAGGGUUUCAUGACUUUGCCUCCACCAUCAAGUAGAACACCAGAGCUGAGCAAUUUCCGACCAUCUCGCCCAUACUAUCUUCAAAAUGGCAAUACCAAUGCACGACAAUCAGGAAGCGCUGCUAUUGCAAACCCUACAAAAUCACUAGGGACCAAAAUCAUGGAAUACAUGUUUGGAUAUUAGAAAAAUAAAAAGCUGUUUUUGGUCACUCACAUGCCCUUUGUUCUAUUUCAUAAUUGUUGGAUGGUGCUCCUUCCAGAUAUUCAUGGAGGACAUACGGUUAUGUCCUGAACAAAGGGAAAUGCAAUUGAUUGUGUUGUAAUUGCAGCUGUAAAAGACUAGAAAACCAAGAGUGUCUUGAACUUUUGGUUUGAUACGAUUCAAAGAGUGCGUGAGCUAUCUAAUUCAAAUUUUGCUUUGAUACUA